AUGUCUGACUCAGAAGAUUAUGAAGACUUCGGCUCAGGGGAUGAAUCUUGGGACGAUUUCGAGGAAGAUAUUGAGCUCGACAAGGCAGAUAAUGUUGACGCCAUCGAGAAUUUCAAAUGUUUAUUUAUCAGCUCUCAAAUCUUCAAGGCGAAAGUCGAAAAAGAAGCGUCUGCCUUCGCAAAUUCCUGUAAGAUAUCCGUUUCAGUUGCGAAAACGAUUUUGAUGAAAUCAAAAUGGAACACCAGCACUGCCUCAAAAGUUUUGUCGAAAUCUAAAUACGGCGACAAACUCGUCAAAACUCGAAAAAGUCAUUGUGACGUUUGUGAUGAACCGAGAAAAGACCUCUACGCGACUUUUUGUCAGCACGAAUUUUGCCUGGAUUGUUGGAGAUAUCAUACGCGAACGCGACUCCAGCAGCGAUCUGAUGUCUGUUGCAUGGGCCACGGCUGUGAGGUUCUUCUCACUGAAUCAGCCGUGCUCCCGCUCGUGCCAGGAUCGCUAGGGAAGAAAUUUGAAGAGAUACUGUUUGAUUGCAUGGUGAUAAGUUAUCCUGGAGUACGCUUUUGUCCUGGCCCCGAUUGCUCAGAGAUCGUCAUGGCUUUGGAAGAAUCCUCUCCCAAACGAGUUCGGUGCGAUUCCUGUGCUACUGAAUUCUGCUUCCAAUGCGGCUUAGACUUUCACCAUCCAACUGAAUGCUCAACGAUCAAAGUCUGGUUGCAGAAAUGUUCGGACGACUCUGAAACAGCUGAUUACAUCGCUACGAAGACAAAGGAUUGUCCGAUGUGCUCUAGUUGUAUCGAAAAGUCAGGAGGGUGCAACCAUGUGAUCUGUGGACUCUGCAAGUACGAGUUCUGCUGGGUCUGCUCUGGAGAUUGGAAAGAACACGGAGCUCAGUACUACGAAUGCUCAAGGUUCAAAGAAGACCCAGAAGCAGUUCGAGCAGAGCUAGAAAACGAGACCCGCGCGUCUUUGUCGAAAUAUCUUCAUUAUUUCCAGCGCUGGGAUAAUCAUUCUCGAUCGCUAAAGAUGGAAAAGGUCUUCCAGAAAAAUCUACAGGAGAUUGCGCAGAAGGAAGUGCAGAAAUCGAACGGAACCUGGAUCGAUUGGGAGCAUCUGAAACGAGCUGGAAAAAUUCUGGCGCAGUGUCGAUACACAUUGAAAUUCACUUAUCCUCGAGCGUACUUCAUGGAUGCUUCUAAAGAAAAGAUGCUUUUCGAAUACCAGCAGGGUAUUCUUGAAGCAGAUUGCGAGGAUCUCGCCUGGAAGCUAGAAAACGCGCGUGAGUUUUCUGUUGCACAGCUAGAACAGGCUUCUGCUGCUGCCCAAAAGUCGAGAAUGACUCUUGUAAAAUCUACCUCUUUAUUGUAA